CCUCCCCCCGAUUCGCACGCUCGCGAGUCGCGUCGCGCCGCUAGUUCUCCCGGCGGCCCGCGCUCGCACAUCCUUCGUCGCCUCUUCUCGCGCCUCUCCUCUCUCCCCUUCCGACUGCUUCCCGACCCCCGAACCCUAGCCUCCCUUGAGACCUCUGCCCCCUUCCCGCCUCCGCCGCCACAGCGAAAGGAUGGAGGUCGAAAGGUCCACGACCGCCGCCGCGGCGGGGGGUUCCUCCGCGGAGAUGGCGGUGGACCAUGCGGCGGGGUCGGGCGCCGUGGAGAAGCCGCGGUUCGAUGCUCUGAUGCCGAGCGAGAUGAGCGGCGGGAGGCCCCAGUUCCGGAAGGUGCCCGUGCCGCCGCACCGCUUCUCGCCGCUGAAGCGCUGCUGGAUGGAGAUCUACACGCCCGUCUACGAGCACAUGAAGGUCGACAUCCGCAUGAACAUCAAGGCAAGAAGGGUGGAGCUGAAAACAAGGAAAGACACACCAGAUGUGAGCAACCUUCAGAAAUGCGCGGACUUUGUGCAUGCUUUUAUGCUUGGAUUUGACAUUGCCGAUGCUGUCGCCCUGCUGCGUCUUGAUGACCUGUAUGUGGAUUCCUUUGAGAUCAAGGAUGUGAAAACCCUUCGAGGGGAGCAUCUGUCACGUGCUAUUGGCCGCCUAUCAGGGAAAGGAGGCAAGACCAAGUACGCCAUCGAGAACUCUACCAGGACCCGCAUUGUUAUCGCUGAUACAAAGAUCCAUAUACUUGGAUCCUUUGUUAACAUCAAGGUUGCCCGGGAUUCACUUUGCAGCCUCAUCUUGGGUUCUCCUGCUGGCAAAGUGUAUUCUAAGCUAAGGGCUGUGUCUGCUAGGUUGGCGGAAAGGUGUUGAGUUAAAUGGGUUUUGCUUGCACCCAAUAUGGUUGCAGUUUUGAUCGCAUAAUAUGUUGUCAUAGUAGCUGAUUUGUGUGCUGGGGGCUGGGCCUAUUUAUUGUAUCCUUCUGGAGAGCAAACUAUAUUGUGCCAAGAGAUUUGAUACAUGCCUUGUCUACUGUUGCGCUUGUUGAUCUGUUGCUGAAACACUGGAGCUUUGUUACUGCGUGUUACAUGGAUGAAAAGCUGCAUUGACUGUUA